AUGUCUGCUACACCUGUAAAGUACGUUCAGCUCGGAAAGAGCGGACUGCGUGUCUCCGUUCCCAUUGGAGGUGCGAUGAGCUACGGCAACCCGAAGUGGGGCGCAGAUCCCGAGGCAGGCGCAUGGGUGAAGAGCGCGGAGGAAUCUCUCCCUAUCCUCAAGGCUGCCUGGGACCGUGGCAUCAACACCUUUGACACCGCCAACGUAUACUCCAACGGCGAGUCCGAGAGGGUUCUCGCCCAAUUCAUUGAGACCUACAACAUCCCCCGCGAGGAGAUUAUCAUCGCUACCAAGUGCCACGGUACCGUCUUGAAAGGCGAAUAUGCGAACAUCGGCGAAUGGGCGGUGCCCAAUCUCCCUGGCUUGAAGCAGUACGUCAACCAGAACGGCCUCUCGCGUGCGGCGAUCUUCAAUGCGGUCGAGGGCUCGCUCAAGCGCCUCAACACGUCGUACGUCGACCUCUACCAGAUUCACCGCGCCGACCCCUCUACGCCGCCCGAGGAGACGAUGAAGGCGCUCCACGACCUCGUCCAGUCCGGGAAGGUCGCGGAGAAGAAUGGGUGGACGAAAUUCGUGAGCAUGCAGGAUGAGUACAACUUGCUCUACCGCGAGGAGGAGCGCGAAAUGCUUGCUUACUGCGAGUACCAUGGCAUUGGUGUCAUCCCGUGGUCGCCUCUAGGCGGAGGCACUCUCGCCCGCCCGCUGAACUCUGCUGAGACCGCACGUGCCAAGCUGAAUUCGGCCUUUGCGCAGACAGAUGCGGCUGAACACGAAAUCAUCAAGCGCGUGGAGGAGGUCGCGAAGAAGCGCGGCUGGAAGAUGGCUCAGGUUGCCAUUGCGUGGGUUCAGCGCAGAGUCACGAGCCCAAUUGUGGGCAUCAAUUCCAUCAACCGCGUCGACGACAGCGUCGUGGACGGUGUACUUACGGAUGAAGAGGUCAAAUACCUGGAGGAACCGUGA